UGGUUAUUUUUGUGAUUGCAGCUGAUUCUUGUAUAUGUUAAAGUAACUUCAGUUCAACUAAAUGACUCUAGACAUCAUUAAUGGAACUUAGAUCAACGUUCCUGAGAGAAACGAUGCAAAAACUGUAGAGUUUCAAUAACCCUUGAAUCGAUUGCUCUGGUCUGGGGUCAGCAGCGCUCUGAUUGGUCGACUCAUCCUGGCGCCAAAACACCAAACAGGAAGCAGGAAUUCUGAAUCAAACACAGCAGAUUUGUCUAAGAUCCGAGGACAUUGGUCCAGUUUUCUGGGCGUAGAUCGGUCUGAGGUGGAAGAGAAGCAGCAUGGACACGCAGUCGUACCUUCCUGUACAACCAGGAGUCGGAAUGGAGGAGAAUUUCCUCUCCCUCGAUGAUAUUUUACUGUCCCAUGAGCGGCUUCCUACCCGGACUGAGUGCGCUUUUCCUCGGCUUGGAUUCCUGGAGAAGUCGAGCGACACCCAGGACAUACCGGAGGGAACGAAGAUGGAACUUCCCCUGUGGUUGUCGAAGGGUCUGUAUGAGAAGAAGAGGAGGGUUCUGUCGGUGGAACUUCCUAAGGUCUACAGAGAGGGUUGGAGGACUGUGUUCACCGCCGACCCCAAUGUGGUGGAUCUGCAUAAGAUGGGACCAUAUUACUAUGGCCUGGGCUCCCAGAUGCUGCACUUCGACAGCCCAGAGAACCCAGAGAUCGCCCAGGCCCUGCUCCAGACGUUCAUCGGGCGUUUCAGGCGGAUCAUGGACUCGUCUCAGAACGCCUACAAUGAGGACACAUCUGCGCUGGUGGAGCGUUUGGACGGUUUGGAGAAGGCUCUGUUCAGGUCGGGUCAGAGCGGCCUCAACGGCUUCCAGAGCUGGGAGAAGGGCGAGGCAUCAACGCUCACUGCCUCCAGCCUCGUCCUCAACUACCGCAAAAGGAAGAUCACCGAUGUGCAGCCAUGACGGCAGCCAAACCUACCCAUGUCCUCUGGAGCGUGGACGCUUUUACUGUUACUGUCAACUUCUACAGACCAAUAGAUCCUCCACAUCCACCACAGUCUCAGCUGGAAUACAAAGGACUUUAUUUAUUUUAUCAUAAAAACACAUCUAUAACUAUGUAAAAAGCCAUGUCUGUUAUCACUUAUAAGAUCAAUAAAGUUUCUCCAUAUUUAAAAUCCAA